CAAAUAUUCAAUACAAUAAUUUUGCGGAAGUUUCCAUUAUAGACGCCGGUCUCUAACCCCUGUCCUAACUUAUUUAUUUCUUUUUUAUGGUUUGUUUUAUUGCUUAAUUUUCUUGAUUCUUGAGUCUCUGAUAUACUACUAAUAUUUUUGCAUUCUUGAUUAUCAAACUGAAGCCAAAAAAAAAAAAAACAUGAAAAUAUUGUUGAAUCUUUUAAUAAUUUUAUCUCUAGGGUCAGUUUCUAUUCCGACAAUCUCCGCUAGAUUCUACCCCAACAUAACAAUUACUCCUCCUAAUUUACUCCCUAACUACACAAAUCCCGCCUGGGACUCGUUCAAGAAACUCGCCGGCUGCCGCUCCGGCGAAACACUCGAUGGUCUAGCGAAGCUCAAGAAUUACUUUCGCUACUUCGGUUACAUUCCCAACAAUCUUUCCAACUUCACCGAUGACUUCGAUGCUACUCUUGAAUCCGCCAUCAAAACCUACCAACAGAAUUUUAACCUCGAUGUCACCGGUGAGCUCGACGAGAAAACAAUCGACCAACUCGUCCGGCCGAGAUGCGGCAACGCUGAUAUUGUCAACGGCAGCACGACAAUGAAUUCCGGCAAGUGGCAAACGACAACGUCGUUUCGCACGGUUGGUCAUUACACGUUUUUUCCUGGUACUCCACGCUGGCCAGACAGCAAGCGGGAUCUAACGUACGCGUUUCUGCCCGAGAAUCAGCUGACUCCGGAGGAAAAGAGCGUGUUUUCACGCGCCUUCGCUCGGUGGUCAGCGGUCAUACCCAUGACAUUUACCGAGACGAAUUCUUUCAGUUUUGCUGACAUUAGGAUUGGGUUUUUCAGCAGUGACCACGGCGACGGAGAGCCGUUUGAUGGGGUUUUAGGAACCCUAGCGCAUGCAUUCUCACCGCCGAGUGGGCGAUUACAUUUAGACAACGACGAGGACUGGGUGGUGUCCGGUGAUAUUAGCAGAUCGACGUUAUUGUCAGCGGUGGAUUUAGAGUCUGUGGCUGUGCAUGAAAUCGGGCAUUUGCUUGGGUUAGGUCAUUCAUCUGUUGAAGAGGCGAUAAUGUAUCCGUCAAUUCCUUCAAGAAGUAGAAAAGUUGAACUGGCGAACGAUGAUAUUGCUGGGAUUCAGGUCUUAUAUGGUUCCAACCCGAAUUUCAAUGGGUCAUCUUCAUCGACACCGUCCGCUCAGGAAAGGGAAACUAGUGGGGCAUAUGAUCAUGUACGUGCAAUACAAGGGUGGUGCCUGAUGGUUUUAGUUAUUGCUGUUUCAUUUUUGGUUUUGUAAAUAUGAAAGUAUCAUUGUUUUGUUAUUUGAUUGAUAUUGGAUUGACAUGUAAGAUAUAGAUUACAUAUAUGAUUUAUAUAGAGCACAUUUUUUUUAUAAA